AUGACAUCACAUAAAUUUUCAUCUUGCAUCGCAUCUCAGCCUGCCACUCCUGCUGAAGCCCCACAGUCUGUGGCCUCAGACUCGGACCCUGGUGCGACUUCAGCAAGUGCUGCAGCGUCUGCCGCCACCCCGAGGUCUUUCCUGCGCCCCCCGCUGAGUUUGUCAAUGUUCACUAAAUCACGUUUUGGUGGGUCAAAGUCUGACUCACUAAAGCCCAAUUUAGUGGCUAGUCCUUCUCCUCCUUCUCCAUCCUCUGUGAGGACCCCGAGCUCUUCUCCUCUUCUUGCACCAUCCCCUUUGAGGACCCCGAGCCCUGCACCAUCCUCUGUGAGGACCCCGAGCCCUGCACCAUCCUCUGUGAGGACACCGACCCCUGCACCAUCCUCUGUGAGGACACCGAGCUCUUCUCCUCUUCCUCCUUCUCCUCUUCCUUCUCCAUCCUCUGUGAGGACCCCAAGCCCUUCUGUAAGCAGCAGCCUUGCAGUAGCCCCUGAUGAGUCUGGAGGAGUUCCUUCAGCAGCUGCUGCGGUUGCAGCUUCAAUCUGGUUGCUGGGGGAACUGAGCAAGACCAUCCCUGUGCAGGACCACAGGUGGGUUGCCAGCACCCUCUUUCCCUCCGGUAAACUGCGGUCAGAUGUAAAGCUGUGGUAUGAGCCCCCUGUCCCAGCCCUCAUUUACCACCAGACCCCGGCACCCGACAGCUUCUUCACCCAUCGGCUGAUGGUGUGGAUGCCAUACCACCUGUGGAAGGUGAAGGUGUCCUGCCCGGCUUGUGGGAAGCAGCUGACGGGCUAUGGUGUCCACAAGAGGGCUCGAAAGGUCUUAGACAUCGACGGGUAUUACCUGAUGGUGACAGAGACACUCAGGUGCACCGUGUGUUCCCUGAACUAUCUGUCAACCAGUCAGACUGUCCGGGACCAGCUGGACCUGCCCCACCAGAAGCUGUUUCAAAUGAUUCUGACCCGCAAGUAUGCUUGUGACAUACGUGUCAUUCGGCUGCUUCAGGACCGGACUCUCGGCAACAGUCCAGCACGACUGGCGAAGCAGCUCCGGGAGAACCACGGUGAGAAUUGGCUGAACCGGUUGGCACACUAUGUGGGGGAGUGUGCUAACUUUAUGGAUCAGCCCAGCCUCUUCCCAGUGAUCUGCCAGGAGCCCCCGGAGCCCAUCCACGUCCCCACCAGUCGCUGGCUGCUGACCGUCUACAGCAGGGACAUCCUCUCCCGUCUGGACCACAUUAAGGCCAGCAUCACCUCCACGUUUGGUUCCAUCUUAAAGAUGGAUUCAACCAAAAAUAUCACAAAGAAGCUGGCUGGCCACGGCAGAGGGACAGCUCUCUGGCUGACCUCAAUCAGCAACGAAGUUGGCCAGGUCCUGACCAGUGUCCUGACAGUGCAGGAGGGGCCAGGACUGGACAGGAUGGUGUCUGGAGUGAUGGAGCGGUACCGCCAGGCAUGUGUCCCCCCGCCUGUGCUGCUGUAUGUGGACUGUGGCUGCUGCGUGAGCGAGGGCGAGAGCAAGCUGCAGACCAGGUUUGCACAGUGGCCAGACAUCCACAUAAGACUGGACAUCUGGCAUUUCAUGAGGAGGCUGGCUGUCGGUUGCACCACCGAUGCUCAUCCCCUCUACCCCACCUUCAUGGGCUGCCUGUCUGCAUGUAUCUUUGAGUGGGAUGCAGGGGACCUCAGUCUGUUGCGGCAGGCUAAGAGAGAGCAGCUCAGACAGGAGGGAGAAUCACUAAGAAGGAGCUGA